UCCCCCGCCGGAGUUUCGCGGACUCCCUGCGGGCCCUGCGUCCACCACCAUGGCCUGGACCAAGUACCAGCUGUUCCUGGCCGGGCUCAUGCUCGUCACCGGCUCCAUCAACACGCUGUCGGCCAAGUGGGCGGACAACUUCACAGCGGAGGGCUGUGGAGGGAGCCAGGAGCACCCCUUUCAGCACCCCUUCCUCCAGGCAGUGGGUAUGUUCCUGGGAGAAUUCUCCUGCCUGGCUGCCUUCUUCCUGCUCCGAUGCAGAUCCACAGGGCAGUCAGACUCCAGUGUGCACCUCCAGCAGUCCUUCAAUUCCCUUAUCUUCCUGCCCCCAACCCUCUGUGACAUGACGGGGACCAGCCUCAUGUAUGUGGCCCUGAACAUGACCAGCGCCUCCAGCUUCCAGAUGCUUCGGGGUGCUGUGAUCAUAUUCACAGGCCUGUUCUCGGUGGCUUUCCUGGGCCGGAGGCUGGCACCAAGCCAAUGGCUGGGUAUCUUGGCCACCAUCGCAGGGCUGGUGGUCGUGGGCCUGGCUGACCUCCUGAGCAAGCACGACAGUCAGCACAAGCUCAGUGAAGUGAUCACAGGGGACCUGUUGAUCAUCAUGGCCCAGAUCAUCAUCGCCAUCCAGAUGGUGCUUGAGGAGAAGUUCAUCUACAAACACAACGUACACCCACUCCGGGCAGUGGGCACUGAGGGCUUCUUCGGCUUCGUGAUCCUCUCCUUGUGCCUGAUACCCAUGUAUUACAUCCCCGCUGGCUCCUUCAGCGGGAACCCUCAAGGAUCGCUGGAGGACGCUCUGGACGCCUUCUGCCAGGUGGGCCGGCAGCCUCUGAUCGCCGUGGCACUGCUGGGCAACAUCAGCAGCAUCGCCUUCUUCAACUUCGCCGGCAUCAGCGUCACCAAGGAAAUGAGCGCCACCACCCGCAUGGUGCUGGACAGCUUGCGUACCGUGGUCAUCUGGGCCCUGAGCCUGGCGCUGGGCUGGGAGACCUUCCACGCGCUCCAGAUCCUGGGCUUCCUCAUCCUCCUCCUGGGCACUGCCCUCUACAAUGGACUGCACCGCCCACUGCUGUCCUGCCUGUCCAGGGGCUGGCGCCCUACCCAGGAGGGCGAGCAUGAGAGACUGCUGGGUGACAGCCGGACUCCCAUCAAUGAAGCCAGCUGAGCCUCCCUUCCGGCCUCUGCUGCCACUCCCCCCAUGCUCCUUCACGCAGGGGCCGAGGCCACGAGGACCGGUGGGCUUUAGUGCCCCAUCCCCCAGGCCUCACCCCCCCCCUUCCUGCCCUCCUCCCAGAGCUGUCAGAGAAGGUAACAACCAGGUCCUCUUUUGUCCCCAGGGACUACGGGGGGCGGGUAGGACUCAGUCCCCACAAGCCUGAGCAUAGUGACUCCCCCUCAGCUCCCCACAAUCUUUGUAUUUCUGAAUCAUCCACCAGACUGCCGGGAUAGAUCAUGAACUGUAAGCUUCCAGAAGAAAAGCCAUUGAAUCAGUGUGCAGAUUUAAACCAGCGCUAGGGCUUGUUUUUUUAUUUUCAGUACUAGGACUUGAACUCAGGGUCUUGUACUGUUUCUUAGCUUCCUUACUCCUAGCUUGUACUACCACUUGAGCCAAAGC